UAUCAUUUUUCUUUAAUAUUUUUUUUUUUAAAAAAACUUAAAUAAAAACAAACAUUUUUAAAAAAAUUAAAACCAAAGAAAACUGAAAUAAAUAAAAAAAUGUCCCCUGCCAUCACCGACAACCACCGCCGCGUUUUCCCCAUUACCGCCGAUAGCCAGAGCCUUUUUGCCGGCGCCGGCAGAACCCUCCAGAUCUCGACCACCAAGCCACCGGCACAAGAAAUGACUUUUGGGGUUUGGUUGGAUUUUGAACCCUAAAACCACCACUUGAUUUUCGGGUUUUAGAUCGGGUGGUGAUUCAAGGGGGGAAGGGGGUGGAGACGGCCGUAGGAGGGGCGAAAUUGGUUCGCCCGCAUAGUGGAGGCGGUUUGGGCGGCGGCCGGUGGAGGGAGAAGGGUUUUCGAGGUGAGGGAUGAGGGUUUUCAAGGUGAGGGAGGAAGGUUUUAGGGUGGGAGGAAGGAGGACGGUGUUUGAGGAAUGGUACCGCCGGUUCCGGGGAAGGGGGCUUUGGUCGCCAACGGUUAUGGGGUGGCCCGACGGUGGGGGUGCUGCCAGCAAGGGGAGGGAGUGUCUUUUUAUUUUUAUAAUUUCAGUGUUUAUUUUUUUUUUUAUAAUUUUAAGUUUUUUUUUUAAAAAAAAUUUUAAGGUUAUUUUUUUAAAAGAAAUUGUUAAAAAAAUUGACUAAUGACAUUGUGACACGUGUCACUAGUAACCUAUUUAACAAGUUACCAACCGGUUACGUUUCAUUUUUGGCAGAUGUAUAUCAUAGGUCGUUUUAUUUAGGAAUAAUCUAAAGCUGAUUUCAUUUAUGUAAGACCGGUGAAAGUCCAACAACUAAACAAGUAAGGAAAAGAAUAGUAAAAUCAAAAUGCCUACCGAAUAGAGUAGAAGCACAAAUUGGUGGUAAAUUACCUGAGAUUGAAGGAUUUCCAAACUUUGCUGCGAUGUUAGAAGCUAAUUUCAUUUUCAUAGAGAGAACAAACUCGUUGAUCUUCGAGGAUAACAUUGAAACUGCAGAUUCUGGAACCCUACCUCAAUCAAUCGUUGAUGGAUUUGAACCACAACAAGAUCUGGCGCAACCAGAAGUAUCUAUGGAUCCCACUUUACCAAAUCCCAUACAACCCAAUUCCAAAUCAGGCAUCAUAGAAGAGAAUGUUGUCCUUCGAAAGCUUCUUCGCAAAAGGAGAUAUUUUGACUGCAGAGAUGGAAGCUCAUAUAUAAAAGCGCAUGCAGUCAACUCCCCUGCACAGAAGUUAGAGUCACCAUGUUAUGUUUGUGGACAAUUUCAGCAUACUGGGAAGAGAUGUCCCAAGCGCCGUAUUUGCUCUACUUGCAAAAAAAGAGGCCACAUCGCUGUAGAUUGUCCAGUGAACGACAGUGAAUGUAAUAUCUGUUUAAGAUGUGGGGAAUCCGGGCAUGAACUCUUUUCAUGCAAUGUCGAAUACUCUCCUGAUGAUCUUAAGAAUGUACAGUGUUAUGUUUGCAAUGAACUUGGACACAUUUGCUGUGGUAACUAUUCCGACAUAAGCGUAGCAACUACCUCUUGUUAUAAUUGUGGGAUAUCUGGACAUUCAGGUUUGCAAUGCCCAAAACCGAAUUUGGAUAAGUCUGGUUCGUGUCCUCCUCCUAUAUGCUACAAAUGUGGAGACGGUGACCAUGUUGCAAGAAGAUGCCCAAAAGAUGUCGGACUGUCAGCAUGCAAUAAACAUCGACAGGCUUCUGAGUUAGAUUUGGAAUUGGACGUAGAUGGCAACCUAAGAACAGGUAGGAGAAGUAAGACAUAUAGGCACAGUAGAGUUAAGAAACAAAAGUUGAAAAGGUUACUUGAGUACAUGACUGUAUAGUAUACAUUAAUUUGAGUUUGGGGAGUUUCAGUAUUUUGCAGGUUGUGAAAUCUCUCUCAAGUAGUAGUAUUUUAUCCCUGCGAACUUUGUAUUAUACUGCUCUUGUUGUAACAUAUAUUGAUUUCUUCCAUGUAAAAGGAAAAUUCGAUUGAUUACUAAUGGAGUUAAGGAUUAUUAAAUUACAUCCAUAUUUA